AGGGCCCCAAAAGAAAUUCUCCAAUGUCACUCUGUGGCUUGGCCAUAAAUACCUCAGGGUGGCCUCGCUGAUAGGUCCCACCCUGUUUGUUGGAGGGAGAUCAAGAAGCUACAGAGCAAGAGAAAACAAUUUCUGAAUUGGGCUUACAGCAGUGGAGGAGAAAGCCUGCAUCCUUUAGGAUCAACCUCCAGACUUAGAGGAGGGAGGCAUGUCACAAGUAACAAUCUUGGCAGUGAGGGGGACCUUCUUUUACUAGCCCCAAUUAUGCCAUAUGGGUGAAUGAAAUGCUGAGGCUUAGAUACCCUCUCCCCAAUAAUAGUUAUGCAGGUGGGAGCGAGUGGUCUUUCUGUGGGGGUAAGAGGAGCUGUAUUUAACAGCCAAUUACCUUUCACGCGUAUGUGUCUAAAGCCUUAGUUUUUCCCUUGGCAUCUGAUAAAAAGGACGCAACCUGAAAGACCCAGGGCCAGUAUCCCCUCCUUUCAGCCCCCAGGGAUCUGUGGGACGGGAAGAAAAGUCCCUUGGGGCCUGGGAAGGCUGCCUAGGGUUGUGUUUGAGCGUUCAAAAGGACCGGACUCCAUUUCCCAGCGGGCACCGCGGCACCGUUCUGCCCCCUUCCGUGCGUGCCUGGUGUAGGUGAUACCGCGGCCGCGCCUUCCAGCCUCAAGUCCCCCCGCCACCCGGAAUUGGUAGACUCACCCGGCUGGGUAGCCAGCUUUCCAGCUCAGGCGGCUGGACCCUUCCAAAACGCGAGUGGGGGUAGCAAGGUGAGGUGCGGGGAGACGGUCAGGAAGUCUCACGAGCAGUUUAUCUUGAGAAGUCACUUUCAGGUCAAUGAACAUUUCCUUGAAAUGGGCUCUAUGAUAAUGCCUAAUUAAAAUCUAUUUGAGCAACCUAAACAAAAGGUAUUCCUUUGGAUCCUCCCCUUAGCACGCAGCGGCGCUGGGCUGGCCCAGUGCUUCCCAUCCCUUCCCACUCGCACACGGAUAGGUGUGUGCGCAGCCUCCUUUCUUCCGAAGUCGGCUCCACCUUUCAGCGGUCGGCUUGGUGCAGCCCUGCCCCCGGGGCGAAUGGUACAGCCCCAGCCCCCCUCAGCUUCCCCCUUCCGCACCGGCUCCGAGUGGUACGCGCCCCCCGGUGCGGACGCGGAACUGGAGCCCGCUCGCAGCGGCGCCUCGCGAGGUAGCGACUGACGCUCGGCUGCUGGGGGACGUCCAGCCGGCCUGGCAGGUCCCCCGAGGUUCGGGAGGUGCUGGGAAUUGAACCCAGGGCCUUGGCCCCAUUAGACUUGGAUUAUCAGAUAAUAACAGAAUUCUUCCUGGGAAUGAGUCUCCUUGCUUGGUGCCCUGAAGUUUCUCUGAGAUGAACUGAUGAAUUGGAACCAUGGUGCAAAAGAAGAAGUUCUGUCCCCGGUUACUUGACUAUCUAGUGAUCGUAGGGGCCAGGCACCCGAGCAGUGACAGUGUGGCCCAGACUCCUGAAUUGCUACGGCGAUACCCGCUAGAGGACCACCCUGAGUUUCCCCUGCCUCCAGAUGUAGUGUUCUUCUGCCAGCCAGAGGGCUGUCUGAGUGUGCGGCAGCGGCGCAUGAGCCUUCGGGAUGAUACCUCCUUUGUCUUCACCCUCACUGACAAGGACACUGGUGUCACACGUUAUGGCAUCUGUGUUAAUUUCUACCGCUCCUUCCAAAAGCGAAUGCCUAAGGAAAAGGGGGAAGGCGGGGCAGGGUCCCGUGGGAAGGAAGGGACUGGUACCACCUGUGCCUCAGAAGAGGUUGGCACAGAAAGCUCAGAGAGUGGCUCAUCCCUGCAGCCUCCUAGUGCUGACUCCACCCCCGAUGUGAACCAGUCUCCUCGGGGCAAACGCCGGGCCAAGGCAGGCAGCAGGUCCCGCAACAGUACUCUGACAUCCCUGUGUGUGCUCAGCCACUACCCUUUCUUCUCCACCUUUCGAGAGUGUCUGUAUACCCUCAAACGGCUGGUGGACUGCUGUAGCGAACGGCUGCUGGGCAAGAAAUUGGGCAUCCCUCGAGGUGUACAAAGGGACACCAUGUGGCGUAUCUUUACUGGAUCACUGCUAGUGGAAGAGAAGUCAAGUGCCCUUCUGCAUGACCUUCGAGAGAUCGAGGCCUGGAUUUAUCGAUUGCUGCGCUCCCCAGUACCUGUCUCUGGGCAGAAGCGAGUAGACAUUGAAGUCCUUCCCCAGGAGCUCCAGCCAGCUUUGACCUUUGCUCUUCCAGACCCUUCUCGAUUCACCCUAGUGGAUUUCCCUCUGCACCUUCCCUUGGAACUUCUGGGUGUAGAUGCUUGUCUUCAGGUGCUAACCUGCAUCCUGUUGGAGCACAAGGUGGUGCUACAGUCCCGAGACUACAAUGCACUCUCCAUGUCUGUGAUGGCAUUUGUGGCAAUGAUCUACCCCCUAGAGUAUAUGUUUCCUGUCAUCCCACUGCUUCCCACCUGCAUGGCAUCGGCAGAGCAGCUGCUGUUGGCCCCAACCCCCUACAUCAUUGGGGUCCCUGCCAGCUUCUUCCUCUACAAACUAGACUUCAAAAUGCCUGAUGACGUAUGGCUAGUGGAUCUGGACAGCAAUAGGGUGAUCGCCCCAACUAAUGCAGAAUUGCUCCCCAUCCUGCCAGAGCCAGAAUCAUUAGAGCUGAAAAAACAUUUAAAGCAGGCCCUAGCCAGCAUGAGUCUCAAUACCCAGCCCAUCCUCAAUCUGGAAAAAUUUCAUGAAGGCCAGGAGAUCCCACUUCUCUUGGGAAGGCCUUCUAAUGACCUGCAGUCCACACCUUCCACUGAAUUCAACCCGCUCAUCUAUGGCAAUGAUGUGGAUUCAGUGGAUGUUGCAACCAGAGUGGCCAUGGUACGGUUCUUCAACUCUGCCAACAUGCUGCAGGGCUUUCAGAUGCACACCCGCACCCUGAGACUAUUUCCUCGGCCUGUGGUAGCUUUCCAAGCUGGUUCCUUUUUAGCCUCACGUCCCAGGCAGACUCCCUUUGCUGAGAAACUGGCCAGGACUCAGGCUGUGGAGUACUUUGGAGAAUGGAUCCUAAACCCCACCAAUUACGCCUUUCAGCGAAUUCACAACAAUAUGUUUGAUCCAGCCCUGAUUGGUGACAAGCCAAAGUGGUAUGCCCACCAGCUGCAGCCCAUCCACUAUCGAGUCUAUGAUAGCAACUCCCAGCUGGCUGAGGCACUGACUGUACCACCAGAGCGUGACUCUGACUCUGACCCCACUGAUGACAGUGGCAGCGAUAGUAUGGAUUAUGAUGACUCAAGCUCUUCUUACUCCUCCCUGGGUGACUUUGUCAGUGAAAUGAUGAAAUGUGACAUCAAUGGUGAUACUCCCAAUGUGGACCCUCUGACGCAUGCAGCACUUGGGGAUGCCAGUGAGGUGGAGAUUGAUGACCUGCAGAACCAAAAGGAAUCAGAGGAGCCUGGCCCAGACAGUGAGAACUCUCAGGAAAACCCCCCAGAACGCUCCAGCUCCAGCACCACUGCCUGUAGCAGCCCUAGCACCGUCGUCCAUGGAGCCAGCUCUGAACCUGCUGAGUCUACAGAGAUGGAUGAUAAGGCAGCAGUAGAUGUCUCCAAGCCCCUCCCUACCGUGCCUCCCAGCAUUGGCAAAUUGAAUACGGACAGACGCCAGACAGAGAUUGGAGAGGGGUCAGUGCGCCGGCGAACCUAUGACAAUCCAUACUUCGAGCCCCAGUAUGGCUUUCCCCCUGAGGAAGAUGAUGAUGAGCAGGGGGAAAGUUACACUCCCCGAUUCAGCCAACAUGUCAAUGGCAAUCGGGCUCAAAAGCUGCUGCGGCCCAACAGCUUGAAACUGGCAAGUGACUCCGAAGCAGAGUCAGACUCCCGAGCAAGCUCCCCCAACUCCACCAUCUCCAACAACAGCACCGAGGGCUUCGGGGGCAUCAUGUCUUUUGCCAGCAGCCUGUAUCGGAACCACAGUACAAGUUUCAGCCUUUCAAACCUCACACUGCCCACCAAAGGUGCCCGAGAGAAGACCACACCAUUCCCCAGUCUGAAAGUAUUUGGGCUAAAUACUCUAAUGGAGAUUGUUACUGAAGCCGGCCCCGGGAGUGGUGAAGGAAACAGGAGGGCAUUAGUGGACCAAAAGUCAUCUGUCAUUAAACACAGUCCAACAGUGAAAAGAGAACCUCCAUCACCCCAGGGCCGAUCCAGCAAUUCUAGUGAGAACCAGCAAUUCCUGAAGGAGGUGGUACACAGUGUGCUGGACGGCCAGGGAGUGGGCUGGCUCAACAUGAAAAAGGUACGCCGGCUGCUGGAGAGCGAGCAGCUGCGAGUCUUUGUCCUGAGCAAGCUGAACCGCACCGUGCAGUCAGAAGAUGAUGCUCGGCAGGACAUCAUCCCAGAUGUGGAGAUCAGUCGAAAAGUGUACAAGGGAAUGUUAGAUCUCCUCAAGUGCACAGUCCUCAGCCUGGAGCAGUCUUAUGCCCAUGCAGGUCUGGGUGGCAUGGCCAGCAUCUUUGGCCUUCUGGAAAUUGCCCAGACCCACUACUAUAGUAAAGAACCAGACAAGCGGAAGAGAAGUCCAACAGAAAGUGUAAAUACCCCAGUUGGCAAGGAUCCUGGUCUGGCUGGGCGGGGGGACCCAAAGGCUAUGGCACAACUGAGAGUCCCCCAGCUGGGACCUCGGGUACCAAGUGCUACAGGAAAGGGUCCUAAGGAAGUGGACACUAGAAGUUUAAAGGAAGAGAAUUUUGUAGCCUCUAUCGAAUUGUGGAACAAGCACCAGGAAGUGAAAAAGCAAAAAGCUUUGGAAAAACAGAGGCCCGAGGUAAUCAAACCUACCUUUGACCUUGGUGAAACAGAGGAGAAAAAAUCACAGAUCAGCGCAGAUAGUGGUGUGAGCCUGACAUCUGCUUCUCAGAGAACUGAUCAAGACUCAGUCAUCGGUGUGAGUCCACCUGUUAUGAUCCGCAGCUCAAGUCAGGAUUCUGAAGUUAGCACCGUGGUAGGGGAACACCACACUGGCUUCUUGGUGAGUAAUAGUUCUGGAGAAACGCUUGGUGCAGACAGUGAUCUGAGCAGCAAUGCAGGUGAUGGACCAGGUGGUGAGGGCAGUGCCCACUUGGCAAGUUCCCGGGGCACUUUGUCUGAUAGUGAAAUUGAGACCAACUCUGCCACAAGUGCCAUCUUUGGUAAAGCCCACAGCCUGAAGCCAAAGGAGAAGCUGGCAGGCAGCCCAGUUCGCUCUUCUGAAGAUGUAAGCCAGCGCGUCUAUCUCUACGAGGGACUCCUAGGAAGGGACAAAGGAUCGAUGUGGGACCAGUUAGAGGAUGCUGCUAUGGAGACCUUUUCUAUAAGCAAAGAGCGUUCUACUUUAUGGGACCAAAUGCAAUUCUGGGAAGAUGCGUUUUUAGAUGCUGUGAUGUUAGAGAGAGAAGGGAUGGGUAUGGAUCAGGGUCCCCAGGAAAUGAUUGACAGGUACCUGUCCCUGGGAGAACAUGACCGGAAGCGCCUGGAAGAUGAUGAAGAUCGCUUGUUAGCAACCCUUUUGCACAACCUCAUCUCCUACAUGUUGCUGAUGAAGGUGAACAAGAAUGACAUCCGAAAGAAGGUGCGACGUCUGAUGGGAAAGUCACAUAUUGGACUUGGGUAUAGCCAGCAAAUCAACGAGGUGCUUGAUCAGCUGGCGAACCUGAAUGGACGUGAUCUCUCUAUUCGAUCCAGUGGCAGCCGACACAUGAAGAAGCAGACAUUUGUGGUGCAUGCAGGGACAGACACAAAUGGAGAUAUCUUUUUCAUGGAGGUGUGCGAUGACUGUGUGGUGUUGCGGAGUAACAUCGGGACAGUGUAUGAGCGCUGGUGGUAUGAGAAGCUCAUCAACAUGACCUACUGUCCCAAGACCAAGGUUUUGUGCUUGUGGCGUAGAAAUGGCUCUGAGACCCAGCUGAACAAGUUUUAUACUAAGAAGUGUCGGGAGCUGUACUACUGCGUGAAGGACAGCAUGGAGCGUGCUGCUGCCCGACAACAAAGCAUCAAACCCGGGCCUGAACUAGGUGGCGAGUUCCCCGUGCAGGACAUGAAGACAGGCGAGGGUGGCUUGCUGCAGGUCACCCUGGAAGGGAUCAAUCUCAAGUUCAUGCAUAACCAGGUUUUCAUAGAGCUGAAUCACAUUAAAAAGUGCAAUACAGUUCGAGGCGUCUUUGUCCUGGAGGAAUUUGUUCCUGAAAUUAAAGAAGUGGUGAGCCACAAGUACAAGACACCAAUGGCCCACGAGAUCUGCUACUCUGUGUUGUGUCUCUUCUCGUAUGUGGCUGCAGUCCGUAGCAGUGAAGAGGACCUCAGAACUCCGCCCCGGCCUGUUUCCAGCUGAUGGAGCAGGUGAAGCAGCUGGCCCAUCCCAGGGCUCACCCCUUGCCUCCUGCUGCUCCCAAGUGCACCAAGUGACCGUGACUGAGAAGGGGAUAAUGGGUGUACGUUCUGCCAGCCCUGCGCUGUGGCUUCACUGGUCCCCAGUUAUACGUCUUUUGAGUGUGUCUUUGCGUGUGUCUGUGACAGAGCUAAGCUAGUCCCUUCCACCUUCUCCCUGUCCUUACCCAGAAGACCAGCCUACUGUUCCCUCAGGGCUCAAGAGUGUGUUGCGGGGGACAGUGUGAAUCCACCCUUGCGUGUCCUUGAGACAUUGUGUUGUGGUUCCUCGUCCUCGGCAUCAUGAUCCUCCAGUGCAGGAUUCCUGCUCCCCGUCCUCUGUGAUCUAGCAUGACAGGGCGCCUUGGGCAGUUCCACUCUGGGCAGUGAGGGAAACCUGGCCUGCCCUUCCAGACGAGGGGUGGGCAGGAAAAGGAAAGCAAGAGGCUGGGGCAGCUGGAGUGAGUGGCAGCCUCCCAGCUUCCCUGUGCAUUUCCCAGUGGCAGCUCCUACCUGUGGCCAUGAGCUCUGCUGCUGCCCACCACAGCUCCAUUGCCACCGCGGGGCAGCACUGAGGGGCCACUGUGUGCCGAGCAGCGAUUUUCCUAUGGUCAGCCUGGCCUUUGGCAUGAGAAGACAGAGUGAUUGGGGCAAUAGAGUCCCAGAGACCGCUGGCUGCUCUGCCAGACACCAGGGAGAGGCGGCCAGGACCAAGUUCAUUGUACACGCCCGUAUGAGGCAGUGUCUCCUGGUGUCAGGUGCCAGGAGAGAAAGAUGGCCUGGGGGUGGGGGGAUGAUUGUAAAUAUCUCAGCUCCUCGUUAUUUAUAGAAAAUGUACAGCUGUGUGAAUGUGAAAUAAAUGUCCUUAACUCCCCUG